GGAAUGCAGACUCCAGUGAGAUUCAGACAUGUUGGUCAUCACGUAGGAAAGACUUUUGUUUUGAAUAUGACAAGGCUUUGCCUAUCAAAAUGGAAACCACAAGACAUAAUAAGGAACAGUCUGGAAAUGGUUGUUGUAACUACAUGGAAGUCAAGGAGAGUGUUAACAGGAAAACAGGUUUAGAAUGUGAACCGGAAACUUAUGGAUGGAAAUGGCCUGAUGAGAGCAAAAAAUGUGUAUUUCACAGUAAGAAUGUAAAGGAUAAAUUUGUUUCCUGUGAGCAAAGACAAAAGGAUACUGUUGUAGCGUAUAACCAGGGCACCUGUAGUGAGCAGCUGAAUAAAUGUGUCACAUCUGACAAACGUUUUACAAGUGAAAUAAGUUUAGCAGGGUAUCCAUUCCAUACCAGUCAGGAAUCGUAUAAUUAUAAUAUGUGUGACAAUGUAGUUAUGGAUAAAAAAAAUUCAGCUGUACAUGAGAUUAUGCGGUAUGGAGAGAAGCCACAUAAAUGUGCCAAGUGUGACAAGAGCUUUGCUACGAAGACUAUCCUGGCAAGACAUCAGUCGGUGCACUCUGUGCAGAAGCCCUACAAAUGUGAUAUGUGUGCCAAAAGUUUUAAAUGGAAAAGUUCUGUAUUAAAGCAUAGUUGUAUCCACACUGAAGAUCAGCAAACCCUCUCUGCAUUGAAACCAUAUAAAUGUUCACUUUGUGACAAGCGUUUUACAAUUAAAAUGAAUUUGGUAGCACAUGAGCUUAUGCACGCUGGACAGAAACCCUAUCAGUGUUCCAUGUGUGAUAAAAGUUAUACAAUUAAAAGCAGACUGACGGUGCAUCUGCGUUCCCACUCUGAGAAGAAACCCUAUAAGUGUGGAGAUUGUGGGAAAGGUUUUAUUGAUAAGGGAAGCUUGGUGCGACAUGAGACGGUCCACACAGAGCAGAAACCAUAUAAAUGUGAAAUCUGUGGUAGAAGCUUUAAAGCUAAGUACAGAUUAGUAGAUCAUCAGGGUAUCCACAAUGAGCAGACACCAUAUAAAUGUGAAAUCUGUGGUAGAGGCUUUAAAAUUAAGGGUAGUUUAGGAGCUCAUCAGCGUUUCCAACAUGGGCAGAGACCUUAUAAAUGUGACAUCUGUGACAAGAGUUUUGCCUACAAAAGUAGUAUAGUAGUACAUCAAUUUGCCCAUAAUGGGCAGAAACCACAUAAAUGUGCCAAGUGUGGCAAGAGCUUUGCAUUGAAGAGUUACCUGAAAAGACAUCAGUUGGUACACAGUGAGCAGAAGCCGUAUAAAUGUGAUAUUUGUAACAAGGGUUUUAAACGGGAACAGCAAUUGUUAAAGCAUAACUGUGUCCAUACUGAGCAAAAGAGCAGGCAGGGUCUAAAUGAGAGGCAGAAUCAGCAACUGAAGGAAACUAGUAUUGCUGAAAAUGAAUUCAUCCUUAAGCCUUGCUGAGAACCUUCAUACGGUAGACCCUGUUUUUACAAAAUCUCACCAAGACAACUGUGAAAUGUAGACUGAAUUUUAUAUGCUGUGGAGAAAUGUAGAUCAAAUCAUAAUAGAAAAGAAAAAAUUUGUGGUAUCCCUCAAAGUCUCAGAAAACCCAGUAUGCAACCUAUACUGGGUCAAAAGCAAACUAAGCAGAAACUUCGCAGUGUGGAGGGUAUGAAGUUCACUCCUUGAAAUAAGUUAUGCACCUAGUUCACUAAUACAAAUCUGCAUGACAUAUUUCAGUGAGUGAACUUCACACCCUCCACACUGCUAAGUUUCUGCUUUGAUUGUUUUUAAAAUAAUAAAAAAGAAGCAUUGGUGACCGGCCCCAGGAUAAAAAGUACCACCCUCGUGGAGUACACAAGGCAAUGUAGAAUCCUCUGAACAAGGAAAUGUUCCUACCACAGGGCUAGGCCACACUGAGGGUGUGUCACCUCUGUGCGAUAGAAAUAAGAGGCAGUCCACAAUUAAAGAAAAUAAAACCUGGCAGGUCAAGCGAGAUGCAUAAAAACAAUAAAGUAGACUGCUGCAGAUAAGAAAGUGAUUAUAUAUUGUAACUUUUGUACAACAAACCUAGAAAUACCAUACAGAUAAUAAAUAGCAAGAAUAAGAAAAAAAAAUAUUUUCACAAGAAAAACUUAAAACCUAUGGAUAAUAAUUUAGAAUCCUUAAUGUGCCAGAUGGGACAAAAAUUACCCAGAUGAAGCAGCACCAGGCUUCCUGGAAAAAGAAGGGGCAGAGGAAGUGACAAAAAAUAAAGAUCGUAAACAGAGGUUAUUGAACGGUAUAAAAAGAAACAUGGACAUGGGAAAGAAAAAGUGAUCUGACAGGACUGAGUAUUUAUGCAGAGAAGGAAGACAUUUAAAAAAGAAGGAAGCCAUAUUAAUCAAUAUGAAAAAAUACAGUUCCAAAGAUAUUUGAAGAGAAGUAGAGGCAAAGACAUCCAGGUAUGUAAAUUUCACAAUACAAAAAAAAAGAGCAAUAAAAUCACAAAUAUGGAGUAAUGUAAUUUAUAAAAAGAAGUUUAGCAAUGGCGUAGCAAUGAAGAAAUUAAGAAAUGUAUAAUUUGAAGUGAAAGACCAACUAUGAAGUGAAAGAUUUAGUGUGGAAACUCAUGUAUAGGCAGUAGCACAGCACAAGGGGUCAAUGAGCCCCCAAAUGAUGAUGCAGCAGCAGGAAUAGGAUGCAUUGGGAGAUGAUGCACCAGAUGGUGAUGCUCUGGAAAAAGAGCAGUUAGAAUUAAAUAGAAAGGGCAUGAUUCCAAAAAAAAUGAAACGUGGUUGCCCUCAGUCUGGAAGAGAAUGAUCUAAAGGAAGACCUGCUUCAUUUAAUAGAAAUGGGCUGAUAUAUUUAGAUCGAUAAAAUAAUUAGAGUACAGCAAGUGAAUAAUUCACAAAGUGAUAGAAGGCCAGUAAACAGAUGAAGGCAGUAAUUGAGACUCUUAAGAGAAAUUCAUGUGAUUUAACAGAAAUAACUAGGAUGUAUUACUGUACAGCCGAACUAGUAACAGAUGUAGUGUUACCACAGAAAUGUGCAGCAACAGAGGGAAGGAAUGAACAAAUCAAAUGUCACUGGGGUAGCACUGGAUAAAGAAAAUUGUAAAGGAACCAAGACAAGAAGCGUUGCUACUAGAAUACGGAAAAGGGAACAAAUUGGAAAAAUCUUAGAAAGAUAUAUGGGGUAAAGACUACACAUUUAUAUCAAAACAGAUCAGGAUUUAUCAUAUACUGUCUCCAAUAGUAAAGUAGACAUAUCUUUUCAAUUAGAACAAAACAUGAAAAGUAUAUACACACACAUGCAAAAGAAAAGUAAAAAAAGAAACAAGCAAGAUAUGAUGUAGAACAGGGAAAUGAAGCAAACGUAGUAGGGACACCUCCUAAAAAGGUCAGUAUAGUUUAGAGAAGUAUUUAUGAAGACACUUCUGAAUAUAACAAAGAUGCUGAAAUGAUAGAAUGGUUCAAAGAAACAUUGAAAACUUAAGAGGAUAUAAAUGGGAUGAAGUAAAACCCAGAUAAAGUUAGACAAAACUAACAAGGGCUUCUAACUGGCAAACUUCAGGCACAGAUGCUAACAACUAGCUGAAGAUAUUAACAUCUCUGCACAAAGAUUUCACCCUCAAUUAAAUUAUUUAUAUGCAUAUUCUGAAAAGACCCCAACCUGAUUAACAACAGGAAAAAAACAUACUCCUUCUUAAGAGCUAACCUGUAAGCAAUCCUAAGAACUAUAGACCAACAACUUACCUUCUGACAAUAAAUAAAUUGUAUACUGGAAUUGAUGCAAACAGAGUUUAUAGUUGCUUAAAAAACUCAUUCAUGCCAAUAGAAAAAUUAGGUCAUAAAACUAAAUUGUAUGUAACAAAGGAUCAUUUAUUGUUAAAUACAGCCAUAAUAGAGAGCAGUAAAAAAAUUGGGGGGAGGGGGUACAUACAUCAUGGAUAUCUUACAAAACAGCUUUUAACAGCAUCCCACAUUCAUGGAUUAUGGAAUGCUUACAGGUUUAGAAGACACACCUAUUUUCAUCAAUCAUACAGUGAUGACUAUAAAACAGUGGUAGAUCUCUUUACAGUUGCGUCACGAUAAAGUACAUGUUGGAAGUUAGUAUCCUAGAGACAAAAAUCCAGAGGAGGAAAUACCAGGACGAUUCUUUGACAACACUGCUGUUUUGUCUUGUCCUUAACCCAUUAAGUUGUUUAUUUAAUAGACUUGGCCAUGGUUACAGCUUAACUUCUAGAAACCAGCCUUGUUCAAAGACAUCUCAUCUGUGUUUUUUUUUUUGUUUGCUUUUUUGUGGAUGAUUUAAACUGUAUAAUUCAUCAGACAAGCAUCUGAAGGCACAACUGCAAAAGGGUAAAACUUUCUCAAAUGGUACAUGAAUGACAUUUGGUCUUGAUAAAUGUGCAAAAGUAACAUAUAUAGCAGGAAAGCUGUACCACUAAAAAAUAUCAACCUGGUACAGGAAUGUGAACAGAAGGAUGCGUAGAAAUGUUUGGGAACAGAUGAAGAGUCAAGAAUAAAGGAUGACCAAAUGAGAACAAAGCUUUGUAAGGAAUACUUCAGAAGACUGAAGGUAAUGUUGAAAAAUGCCUUGGCAUCUAAGAAUAAAGUUGAAACCAUAAAUUAACUUAUUUCUGUCCUAAUGUAUAGCUUUGGUGUGACUGACUGGCCAUAUAAACAUUGGAUCAGCUUAAAAAAAAAGACGGAUGCUUCAUGCUUAUCAAAUGAUACAUUAAAUCCAUUGCAUGUCAAGAUUAUACGUACCUUUGUCUGAAGGGAACUAUAGGUCUCCUUAAAAUUGACUAAAUAUAUAUGUGUGUGUGUGUGUGUGUGUGUGUGUGUGUGUGUGUGUGUGUGUGUGUGUGUGUG